AUGACGACUUCGCCGCCGGUGUUUGUGGACAUGUCGUUUGUGCUGACGUGUUGUAUGGUGUGCAUGUCGCUGUAUUAUGUGAAGUUACCGAAGACGUAUUUGAAGGGCUGUGUAUUAACAAUCUUAGGUGUAAUUAUAUCGUACAUAGUAGUAACAAUAUGGCAAUUCAUGGAAGUCACAGACACUCGUUUGUAUGUGAUUUUUAUAGCCCCGACACUGUUAGGUGUAGUUGUUGGUGUUGGGAUAGUCUUUAAAUUUAAGCCAGCUCAAUUCCCAAUCUUCAUUAGCUUCUUGACACUCAUCAGUUCCCUCUCUUCAUUCACAAUUGUCACUUCAGAGUUUCUCAAGCCAACGUAUUUCUUUUUAAAUGAGAACGAGCGGAGAGACACCCUCGAUUUACUCUUCAUAGAAAUUUGUAUUGGAAUGGCCUUCAGCGUCUUUUGCUUUGUCGGGCACAUCGCCCUUCUCCUGCGCCUCGUGCACAUUUUCCCCGACACGAAGUUACGGGUGCCUCUUCGUGGUUUUUUUGUGAUCAGUUCGUUAGUCCUCACAGUGCUCUUCUCGACAUUUAUCAUUUUCAUUCGCGACAAUUUAGUGAAGAUGAUCUUUUACUUUGUUAGUGUUGGGUUAGUAGGGAUUAGUGCCUUUAUGGUGACUAUGGUAGAUCACUCUGAUUUAUCGAUAAUGACAGGACUCUUAGAGUCCAUGAGUGGAUGGAGUGUAGUAGUAGUAGGGUUUUUACGACAGAAUGAGGUUGUAGUCUUCUGUGGGAGUAUAAUAGGGAUGUACUGUAUCACAACGGCAUUUGACUCAUGUUCGACUAAACAAGUCUCGUUGUUGAGUCUCUUCUUCUCAAACACAAAGAGCACAAAUGACUUCGACGGUGUAAAGAAGACGGUCGAAGUCCCUCAAAUCACUCUUAAAGAAGUCGGGAGGAUGUGUCUUGAGAAUCAAAAUAUCGUUAUAGUGCCAAGUUAUAUAUCUACGAGGACACAAAACCAAAUCUAUUUCUCGGACUUCUUGGCACUCAUGAAGGAAAAGGAGAAGAACGUCAGAAUAGCAAUCCACCCUAAUGUCGAGGUACUACGAGGGUUUCUUGAAAUCGUGAUGAUAUUAGGAAAAGUGAAGUCUGAGGAUUUGUGCUCGUUUGAAAUCAACGAAAGAAUGAAAGAUAUCGAUUUGGCUAUUAUCCUCGGCGAUUGUAGAAUGACCCCCUACUCAUCAGCACUUUGGAAGAAAUUUGAGGUGGACAAAGCUUUACACACCGUCGUCAUUUCUGAUAAACAACUCAUCGAAAAUAAAGAAGAAAAUGUCUUGUGGUGUCAGACAACUAUCGGAAGCGGAUUGGAGUCACUUGUCGACUUUUUAAGACAUGCAAUUUAUUGA